AUGGUUUACACUGAAAAACAAAGCCAAAAUGGGUCUGAUAGCACUAAUUUCGAGUUCAAAGAAGCUCUACAACAGAAAAGGAUAACUAAAUGGCGUGCCUUCCGUACUGUAAUAAUCAAUAGCAUUGCUACCGCUCUCAUUCGCGUUGCUAUUGGGGUUUUAAAACUCUUGUCGAAACGUGGAUUAGGCAAAGUGUUCCUCCGACAAUUGCCAAAUGAGUUCCUUUCUCUUAAUCCUUUGAAAUGGGCUGCCAUAGCAGGUGGUUUUUCAAGUUUCCAUUUAUGCUUACAGACCGUCUCGAGAAUCCUGGAUCCACUUCGCAUACCUCAGCGAAUCAUCGUCUUCAUUACGGGUAUCCUUUGUUCACUUCCAGUUUUCGUCUUGGACAAGGAGACUAAGACAGAACUCUCUCUUUAUGUCUUUGUAAGAGCAAUGCAUGUUUUCUGUCUUGGAUAUAUUUUACCAAAGCUUCCAGAGUGUUUACAGAAAUUUGAGCACUACGAUGUUUUAUUUAUGUGCAUUAACUCUUCUCAAAUUGCAUAUGGAUUCACGUUCUUUCCACAAUCCUUGCCAAAAUCUUAUCAAUUUUUUUUGACGAAGGCAUCGCUGGUGGAUGAACGCCUUGUUCGUGGGCAUGCUGGGUUCUUGCGUGGGCAUGUUACCCCUGAUCUUGUUGCUUUCUGUCAGGAUCGUAACGCCCCUCUUCUUAUUGGAGCGGAAAAUGCAUCCGAUAUGAUGUGCAAUUAUGUUCAUCCCGGUAUGACUUGCAAUCGGUGGAUCUUACGAUUUAUACCACAAAAUAUGUUGAGGCUUGGAAUUCCUUUAUAUGGUCCUUUGUGCGUCAUUACUACACUCGCCAUGCGAAGGAAACACCUCAUGGCUCGUCCAAUGCGCACCAUUACUCGUGGAAUCACCUCUGUUAUCACCAGCUCCUUGUUCGUAGCGGUGUAUUCAGCUUGCAUUGUGCGUGCUUCGUGUUUCUCAAUGCAGCGAAAAUCUCGUAGGGGCCCUAUCAUCGCGUUUCUAUGUUUAUCAGCUGGUCUUUCCACCUUUCUGGAGCCAAAAGGUCGGCGAAUGGACUUAGCGCUUUACUGUUCCAUACAUGCUCUCCGUUCCUUCGUUCUUUCACAAAAUCGGAUGGGACGACUGCCUUAUCCACGUCACUGGGCUAUCGUGUUUAUAUAUUUUUUGUCUAUGAUUUUUUUGAUCUUCCAGUAUGAAGAAGAUUCGGCAUUUCUCAAUCCUCGCGUUCGCUAUAUAUUACAACUUCUGCUUGGUGAAAAACUAUCAAACACUAAUAGCCACAAGUAUCAACCCCACACCAUCACAAUGACGGCAAAAACAACCAUCAAGCAAAAUAGGUAA